AAGGGUUUUUGGGCAUUUCAUUAGAAGAAUAUAAAGAAAGAAAGCAAUGGGGUAACCCUGCACAUGGGGUAUGGUCAGAUUUGGAGGUUUCUGAAAAUGCUGCCUUUUUAGAAGAGCUGUAUACUAAACCUACGUUUGUUAAUCCCGAUGCAAAUAUAUUUGAGCGAUGCAAGGUGUGGGAACACAAAAUUUGCCCUCAAAUUGUUAUCCCGAUGCAAAGCUGUUCAACCGAUGCUGCUGGUUUGAGCAAUUUUAGCUUCCUUCAACUUCUUCCCCCAACAACAGCACCAGCCAACAUCAACAGAAAACAUAGAAAUAAAAAAAUGUCGGCGAAAUGCAGCCAAAUCCGACACAUCGUUCGGCUCCGCCAGAUGCUACAGCGCUGGCGCAACAAGGCCCGCAUGUCCGCGCAUCGAGCGCCGUCCGAUGUGCCCGCAGGACACGUGGCGGUCUGCGUGGGGACCAACCUCACCAGAUUCGUGGUGCGCGCGACGUACCUGAACCACCCCGUCUUCAAGAAGCUUCUCCUCCAAGCCGAAGAAGAGUACGGCUUCUCCAACCACGGUCCGUUAGCCAUCCCCUGCGACGAAACGCUCUUCCAAGAGGUUCUCCGGUUCAUCUCCCGGUCCGAAUCCGGAAAACCGAACCGGUUCUUAAAUCUCGAACUCGACGACUUUAAACGACACUGCCACGUCGGCAUCAGCAACAACCUCGAUUUCUGGCCCGAGUCUCGACCGCUCCUGCACGGCCCUACUGACAAAACCAUUUGGUAA